CAAAUACAUGAGAAGCACUAAAAAAAAAAAAUGAGAAGCAUGGGACUGACUCUUUUACUUACUUUCACUACUCUCAUGCUACUUAAAACACAUGGUUUUACCGAUGAAACUGAUAGGCAAGCAUUGCUCGAAUUCAAGUCUCAAGUUUCUAAAGACAAAAGAGUUGUCUUGUCUUCAUGGAAUCAUUCAUUCCCACUCUGCAACUGGAAGGGCGUUACAUGCAGCCGUAAAAACAAAAGAGUUUCCCAUCUCGAACUCGGAAGAUUGCAUUUAGGCGGAGUGAUAUCACCAUCUAUCGGUAAUCUAUCGUUUCUUGUAUCACUUGAUCUCUAUGAAAACUUUUUUAGUGGUACUAUUCCUCAAGAAGUGGGAAAGUUGUUUAGACUUGAAUACUUGGAUAUGGGUAUAAAUUUUCUGAGAGGACCGAUUCCAAUAGGUCUAUACAAUUGCUCUAGAUUAUUGAACCUUCGUUUAGAUUCAAAUCAUCUUGGGGGAGGUGUUCCUUCAGAGCUAGGGUCAUUGAAGAAGCUUGUUCAGUUAAAUCUUUAUGGAAACAAUAUGAGAGGAAAGAUCCCUGCAUCACUAGGAAACUUGACAUCACUACAACAACUUGCAUUAUCACAUAACAAUCUUGACGGAGAAAUCCCGAGUGAUGUAGCUAAAUUGACUCAAAUAUGGAGUCUUCAAUUAGUGGCAAACAAAUUCUCAGGUGCUUUUCCUCCUGCUAUCUACAACUUGUCCUCAGUUAAGCUUUUAGGUAUAGGUUAUAAUCAUUUCUCGGGUCGCCUGAGACCUGAUUUUGGUAUUCUGCUACCAAAUCUUCUAUCGUUUAAUAUGGGAGGGAAUUAUUUCACAGGAUCUAUUCCAACAACACUUUCUAAUAUCUCUACUCUUGAAAGAUUGGGAAUGAAUGAGAACAAUCUCACAGGAAGUAUUCCUAUUUUUGGAAAUGUUCCAAAUUUGCAAUUGUUACUUCUUCAUACCAAUUCUCUAGGAAGUGAUUCUUCUAGAGAUUUUGAAUUCCUCAGUUCUUUGACAAACUGCACCCAACUAGAGACCUUAGGGAUUGGUCAAAAUAGGCUUGGGGGUGACUUGCCUAUUUCCAUUGCCAAUCUAUCCGCGAAACUCACAACUUUAGACCUUGGAGGAACCCUCAUUUCCGGAAGCAUUCCUCAUGACAUUGGGAAUCUCAUAAACCUACAAAAGCUUAUAUUGGAUCAAAAUAUGUUGAUUGGACCACUCCCAACCUCUCUUGGAAAGCUUUUAAAUUUGAGAUAUUUAAGUCUAUUUUCAAAUAGAUUAUCAGGAGAGAUACCAACUUUUAUAGGCAACUUCACUAUGUUAGAAACACUUGAUUUGUCCAACAAUAGUUUUGAAGGUAUUGUUCCUGCAACUCUCGGGAACUGUAGUCACCUACUAGAAUUGUGGAUUGGGGAUAAUAAGUUGAAUGGGACUAUACCUCUGGAAAUUAUGAAAAUUCAGAGUCUUCUUCACCUAGACAUGUCAAGAAAUUCUUUAUUCGGCUCUCUGCCACAAGAUAUUGGGCUGCUACAAAAUCUUGGUACACUAUCAGUGGGGAAUAAUAAAUUAUCAGGGAAACUUCCACAAACCUUGGGAAACUGUCUCACAAUGGAAAAUCUUUAUCUGCAAGGAAAUUCGUUUUAUGGAGAUAUUCCGGAUUUAAAAGGGUUGGUGGGUGUUAAAGAAGUUGAUUUGUCGAACAAUAAUCUCUCUGGAAGUAUACCUGAAUAUCUUGCAAACUUUUCCAAGUUGGAGUAUCUCAAUCUAUCUUUUAACAAUUUUGAGGGAAAGGUGCCAAUGAAAGGAAUAUUUCUUAAUACUACUACAGUUUCUGUAUUUGGAAACAAUGAUCUAUGUGGAGGCAUUAGGGGAUUUCAACUAAAGCCAUGCCUUGCGCAAGCACCACAAGUGGAGAAGAAGCAUUCCUCUCUUUUAAAGAAAGUUGUGAUUGGAGAGUCAUUCUUCAAUCAACUAAGCUCAGCUGGCAUUAGAGGAACCAUCGGAUAUGCCGCACCAGAAUAUGGAACGGGAGGUCAGCCAUCAAUACAUGGUGAUGUGUAUAGCUUUGGGGUUCUCGUUUUGGAAAUGUUCACUGGAAAACGACCAACCAAUGAGUUAUUUGGCGGAAACUUUACCCUACACAGCUACACCAAGUCAGCUUUGCCGGAAAGAGUAUUGGACAUUGCAGACGAAUCGAUUCUUCGAAGUGGUCUAAGAGCCGAUUUCCGUAUUGCUGAGUGCCUGACACUGGUGUUGGAGGUGGGACUUAGGUGCUGUGAAGAAUCGCCUACGAACCGGUUGGCAACGAGUGAAAUUGCAAAAGAGUUGAUCUCAAUCAGAGAGAGAUCAUAGCUAAGAAAGUUCUCCCUAGCUU